CUCCUCCAAAACCAUAUUACACAUGUUCUUAGUAUAGGAAAGGACUCGGAAGACGACUUGUCUCCUGAAAUCAAUGUGAAGAAAAUGGAACUUGAGGACGAAGCUGAUGCAAAGAUUGCUGAUAUAUUCGACGAAGCUUGUCAAUUUAUCAGUGAAGGGAAUAAAGGCAAUAACAUGAUCCUCAUCCACUGUAAUGCUGGCGAGUCUCGAUCUCUAGCAGUAGUGAUUCAUUACCUACAUUAUCACAAGGAUUUCCCAAUGUCUCGUGCCUUCUUUUUCGUCGCUAUAAGAAGACCUGUUAUUGCUAUUAAUCCAGCCUUCAAAAAAUUCAUUAUA